UUUCCCUCCCCAGGAUGUGUUUGAAAUGCGCUUUGCCAAGAUGCCGGACGAGCCGGAGGAGCCCGUGGUGGCCGUGUCCUCCCCCGCGGUGCCGCCCCCCACCAAGGUGGCAGCCCCGCCCUCCUCCAGCGACAGCAGCAGCGACAGCUCCUCCGACAGCGACAGUUCCACUGACGACUCGGAGGAGGAGCGAGCCCAGCGGCUGGCCGAGCUCCAGGAGCAGCUCAAAGCCGUGCACGAACAGCUUGCAGCCCUUUCGCAGCCCCAGCAGAGCAAACCAAAGAAAAAGGAGAAGGACAAGAAGGAGAAAAAGAAAGAGAAGCACAAAAAGAAAGAGGAGGUGGAGGAGAAUAAGAAGAGCAAAGCCAAGGAGCUCCCUCCUAAGAAGACAAAGAAGACCAACAGCAGCCACAGCAGCGUGAGCAAGAAGGAGCCGGCCCCCCUGAAGAGCAAGCCCCCACCUGCCUACGAGUCGGAGGAGGAGGACAAGUGCAAGCCCAUGUCCUACGAGGAGAAGCGCCAGCUGAGCCUGGACAUCAACAAGCUCCCGGGGGAGAAGCUGGGCCGCGUGGUGCACAUCAUCCAGUCCCGGGAGCCCUCGCUCAAGAACUCCAACCCCGACGAGAUCGAGAUCGACUUCGAGACCCUGAAGCCCUCCACGCUGCGCGAGCUGGAGCGCUACGUCACCUCCUGCUUGCGGAAGAAAAGGAAACCCCAAGUUAUUCUUAAGGUCUGAUCUCGUGCG